AUGGAUCCACACAGGCUUCUCAAAUGGUACGACGGGCUGUCUUCGAGAACAGUUGACCUUGUCGGCGAUUAUGCGGGCGACGAGCUUUUUAUCAUCGAUGGUGACUCCCUGCUAUUGCACGUGUUCUCCGACAAGAAACUCGAUUUCUCCCCGGGAUUCCAAAUUCUCCAUGCGACUUAUCUCGUCGAAAACUUCCUACAAAAACUACAGAAACGAAACUGUGUAUUCAAAAUCGCUUUUUCGGCUGACAAUGCCAAUCUUUGCGUUCCUGUCGGAACAGAAUCGCAAAGUCGCCAUCGAUUCCUCCUCACCCGCGAGAUCAUCACUCGACACCUGAAGGAAAAUACUCCUGCCGGGAAGUCGGGCCCCUCAGUCUGCGAAUUUAGUAGCUACAAUUCUGAAGAAUUUGCUUCGUAUCUGCACACAGUCGGGGCUUACUUUUUCAUGUGUCACGAUGGCGCCUUUUCCGAGCUUUUCCUCAAGCAGUGUGACAUGGACUCGGAUGAUACAACUGCUUCUGGGCCAGAAGAUGAACCGACGGAUGAGGAACAAUCAAAGAAAGAUAAAGAAUCCAUGGAUCACGCGGCCCAAGCCCUGCAGUGUCGCUUGGGGUUGCGAAAAAUGAUUUAUGGAUUUAUGGGCCACGGGUACAAUGUUGCACUGAUCAAUGGAUUGGAAUUCCGGGACACAAAAAUAUUUGCGAUGAUUAUUGAGAGAUCCUCAAGUGAUCCUCGAAGCAAGCACAUUACAGGUCAGACGAUCGACCUGCCGAAGGAUGAUUUAGGUGACACCACGACCGAUUCAGGGAGCUCACGAGAGGACGACGAUACAUUGUACACUGAACAUGGGGAUGACAACGUCCAAUCUCAGCAGGGUUCCUCUACUCAGGAGAUUCCUACGUGCACCUCGAUUGAGACAUCUUUCGAUCUGCGGCAAUUAAGCUCUGUCUUCGACAAAUUGAGGGCAAUGUCCCUGGACUUCACGCAACGCGACUAUCUGACCGUUGCUACUCUAAUCAUCAUGGUAGAGUCAGACCUCAUUGACAAGUCCGAGAUGGGGGCUGCACGGGCUAUGUUCUUGCAUAUAGUGCUCAUGCAGGACUGCAAGCUUGCGGAUCGUGCCAUUGGGACGGUGCAAGAGUUUGAACAGGGAAGUUUCCUGAACAAUUUUGCCAGCUUGAGCCACACUAUCUUGAGGUCUGCUGCUUGGCAAGAUUUUGUGUCUUGUUCGCAAGCAAGAUUCGACUUACACGACCUACUUGAUGGGCGGCUGUUCCUCUUUUUGGCCUCAAAAAUGAGCACACACACCGCGACGGAAACACUGAGUCCGUACAUUUGGUCCGAAUUCACCGAGCUUUGCUCAAAGCUUAAGGUGCUCCUUGACUUUGGACUCAGUAAUACCGACCCCGUACCGAAUGGGAUUUCUUCGAAAUCGAAGAAAACCGCCACGAAGAUGUCUAAGGGUGGCAAGCAAUCUCAAUCAAAUAAGAAGCCGCAAGAGAUCAUAAAAUCGGCGAAUUCUGUCCUUCCUUUCAAGAAUUCUGUUUUCGAUGUUCACCUGCGACCUGUGCACCUGUCCAUCGACGACUCUAUCGACGAGUCAACGGAGUCGGGCCCCUCCAAGACCUUUCAGGAGCUGAGCCAUUGGCACAAUUCCAAGCGAUCACUCGACGAAAAGUCUAACCCUCGUCUUGAUUCACGGAAAAAGAUGUUAUUGAUGCGACGUAACGACUUUUUCAUGGCAGAGAUGAGAGACUACGCUGCCAGCUUGACAAACGCAACUGGCGCGAUGCUUGAGCCAGAGACUGUCUUGGUAAAGUCCGCCAAAGAUAGUAAGAAAACAUCCAAGCAUCUGGCAAGCUCAACCAAUGGCACAGCUCCCACGACAGAACCACCGAAGACAAAGGUCCAAAGACAAGGGAAAUCAUCAGUACGGGAAGAUGCAUUGAAAUCCAAGCUAGCAAAGCAUGCCGAGGCUCGAGAGAAAUCUUUGAAACAAUGGUCUUUCACCAAGGGCAGCUUCGACAGGGAAGCUAAUUUGGUGAAGAGGUUCGCCAAAGCGAAAAGUCACCUUUCUGGGCUUGCAAAAGACCAGAGAGUUUUCCUGACCCCGGAAAUUCUGGUUUAUCAAUUAGAUACAUUGGUGAAACUGUUCCUUGAGACUGCUAAAGGCCAACAGAAGCAUUCUAACUCGACCAUUCAUUCAUUCAUCUGGGAGACAGUACGGCAAAUCUCAAGAUUGCAAGGCCCGCUUUCGUCUGACGCGGUAGCAUAUGUCACAAAAAUCAGUGGACUGCUGGGUUUACCGAGCGUCGAAAUCCAGUCCGCUAGCGAUCAACGAUUGUCAUUCCAAUGUGCGCAGUUGAGCAAAAAGGACCUCGAGGUAGCCAAAGUCUCGAAUUCCUCAAUUGAAUUCCAGCUUUCACAUGCUGGGCCAUUCAUGGAGCGCGACGUUGACGCCAGACCCGACAGUCGUGUUCACGACUUUGAGCCUGACAGAUGGCAACGCGAUGUCCUUGACCAAAUUGACGCAAAAAGAAGUAUUUUUGUUGUUGCGCCCACAAGUUCAGGAAAAACCUUUAUCUCCUUCUAUGCAAUGAAGCAGGUUCUGGAGGAGGACAACGACGGUGUUCUCAUUUAUGUCGCGCCCACUAAAGCCCUGGUUAACCAAAUCGCUGCAGAGGUUCAAGCGCGAUUUUCCAAGAGGUACCCUUACAGCGGCAAGUCAGUGUGGGCUAUUCAUACCCGUGACUAUCGUAUCAAUAACUCGUCUGGCUGUCAAGUACUUAUCACCGUCCCCCAUAUUCUGCAAAUUAUGUUGCUUGCUCCGUCGAAUGCAAACUCGUGGUCAUCAAGGGUGAAAAGAAUCAUAUUCGAUGAAGUGCAUUGCAUUGGUCAAGCAGAUGACGGCGUUGUGUGGGAGCAGCUCCUCCUGAUGGCGCCUUGUCCCAUCAUUGCUCUUUCGGCCACCGUGGGAAAUCCUCAGGAAUUUUGUGAAUGGCUCGCAAUGACCCAAAAGGCCACCGGAACCGAGUUGAAGAUGAUCGAACACAAGCAGCGAUACUCAGACUUGCGAAAAUUUGUUUACGAUCCUCCGGACAAUUUUGCUUUCGGCGGGUUCUCAGAGCCGAAAAGAAUCCCCCCUCUAGGACUUGAUGAAACACCGGGCAUGAGAUUUGUGCAUCCCGUUUCUAGUCUGUUUGACCGUUCAAGAGGCAUACCAGAGGAUUUGAGCCUCGAACCGAGAGACUGCCUUACACUUUGGAAAGCUAUGAAAAAGCAUGAGUGUCCUGGGUUUAUCUUGGAUUCAUCUAUGGAUCCAAACGCACGCCUUCCCCACGUGGUUCGAAAAGCGGACAUUGCGGAGUGGCAAUCUGUUCUCAAGGACACAUUGAGAAUCUGGAUGGCAAAUAAGGCAUCCCCUUUUGAAAAGGUGUUGGAAGAGCUGUCUGAAACACCGGCUCAAAUGCCCGAAUCGAACGAAUUCACAUCCAUGAAAGUUCCAAAUGAAUCGACUUCGGUGACGCCAAUCACUCGAAACGACAUAUUGGAGACGACACUUCCCCUUGUCUGCGCACUCCACGACCAGCAGGCACUACCUGCCCUGUUCUUCAACUACGACCGCAGCAGGUGUGAAGGAAUUUGCAAAAGGUUGCUUCAUGAGUUUGAGACGGCUGAGGAGAAGUGGAAGCAGACCAGCUCGACUUGGAAGAACAAUCUCGGAAAGUGGAACGAAAUGAAAGAAGCCCAGGCAAAACUAGCCAAGAAGCGGCCACCCAAACCCUCGAAGAAGAGCCAGGAGGGUGAAGAACUGUCGCGUGCGGAGCGCGAACAAGAGGCUGCCUUGAACGAAGCUAACCCACUCAACUCAUUCGAUCUCAAUGCUCCAGUCGAUGGCUUUCACGUGGCUAAUACCAAGACUCUGCUGGCUUCAGAAUUUGCGGAAUACGCUGAACAGCUUAGUCGCCGGGAUGUGCCAGAUUGGCUCAUCAAGGCAUUACGACGUGGAAUCGGCGUUCAUCACGCAGGAAUGAAUCGAAAGUAUCGCCAGGUCUGUGAGAUGCUCUUCCGCAAAGGAUACUUGCGCGUGGUCAUAGCCACAGGUACAUUGGCAUUGGGUAUCAACAUGCCUUGCAAAACUGUGGUAUUCUCUGGAGAUUCAGUUUUUCUAACUGCAUUGAACUAUCGUCAAGCCGCUGGUCGAGCUGGGCGUCGUGGAUUCGAUGUUCUCGGAAAUGUGGUCUUCCAGAAUAUCCCUGAAACGAAGGUUCAACGUCUCAUGAGCUCCCAGCUCCCGCGAUUGAGUGGCCAUUUCCCAAUCACCACGAGCCUGGUGCUUCGACUGUGUAUUCUCUUGCACGAGUCUAGAAAUGCACCAUAUGCUGUCAAGGCGAUCAAUUCCAUUCUAUCCUGCCCCAGAAUCUACCUCGGUGGGCAGGAAAUGAAGGAUGCCGUCCUUCACCAUUUGCGGUUCUCGAUCGAGUACCUCCGACGUAACGAUCUGCUGGCUCGAAAUGGGGCUCCGCUAAAUUAUGCUGGAUUCAUCAGUCACUUGUACUACACUGAAAAAUCCGGUUUCGCCUUCCACGCGUUGCUAAACGCUGGAUUCUUCCAUGAGCUCUGCACGCAGGUUGGUCGUCAGAGAAAGGCGACACUCCGCGAAUUGAUGCUUGUGCUAUCUCACCUUUUCGGCCGUCUACCAAUCCGUCAAGCAAACCUCGAGAACAUCAAAGACAAAACUAGAAAAUCAACCUCGGUUGUUUUGUUGCCUCCAAUGCCAUCCAAAGCAGCAAAGAUUCUUAAGAAACAUGACAAAGCAACUUUGAAGGUAUACACGGCUUAUGUGUCGACUUUCAUCGAGCAGCAUGUCCUUGAGCCUGACCGAUUUCUUCCAUUCUCUAAAAUCGCAUGUGGUGGUGAGAAAUCCUCGUCCGAUCUAAUUCCAGUUCUCGCCUCCUCCGCUAAGAAGAUCUUGAUAACGUCUCCUUUCUACGCGUUGUCGGGGAACAGUGACCAAGUGAAAAGCAUUUCAGAGCUUUGCCAAACUGUCAGGAGCGGAGUGUGGCUCGAAGAAGCCGUUGUGCCAUAUGUUGAAGUCUCCUUGGAACAAGAAGCGCCGCUGAAUGCCUAUCUCUACGACUUCUUCAAGCAUGGCAACGUGUCGGCAUUGCAACGAGAGAACGGCAUCCGCAGAGGCGACAUGUGGUUCUUGCUCAAUGACUUCUCUCUUGUUCUCGCAACAAUAGUGACAAGUCUGGAAAACUUCUUGAAGCUCACACCGGGCACAGACCUUGAAAUGCUGGAUCUUAUGGGUGAAGGCGAAUCCCACGACCUUCACUUAGACGACGCUGAUAUCGAGAUUAACGAAAAGAUCACUCUUCCUGAACGCCCGGCAAAAAAGCAGCCACCCAAAGCAAUCCCAAUUACUUCUACGACUGUCACUCGCGGAAAAGUCAAGUCGAACGCCGUGGCCGAUAACUGGGACGAUGAUUUGAGUGAUACGCCAAGUGAGGCCGAAGAGCCGCAACCACAGCCAAAGCAGCAGCAGCAGAAGAAGAAGAAGAAAGCAGCUCAGCAUGAGAGCAAGCAGUCUGCCGAGUCGAGUGGCAAAUUCACACCAUCCCCCUCCGCACAAAACGAUGAUCAUCGUAUCUUGGCCGUUUUGAAGGCUUUCAAGUUGUUGCAGAAGGAGUUCAAUGAUAACUUCAAGGCAUUCUGGGCGUGA